CGCGAUUCAAACAAACAAGAAGCAGUUUCCGUGACCUCGUUACCGUACGAAUCAAAUCGAAUCAAAUCCAAUCAAAUCAACCAUGGCAUCGAAAGAGAUUUACCACAGUAAGUUGCUCAGUUAGACUUCCAAGUUGCUGGUUGGUGAGAGCGCUAGUUGUGGUCCGGAGGAGUUGCGCUUUGGGUCUCGAUUCGGUCGCGUCCAAAAAACCAUGGGAUGCAAAUCUUGUUGCCAAUCUUACACAUUCUCGUUGCCCAUUCGUUUCUCCACUCGGUGUUGCUGCCGGUGUUUAUUCUCAAUGCCAAAUCAAAAUCCGUUGGUUGUUUGAAAUGAUCUUGUGGAUUCACGCUCUUGCCAUUCGAACGAACGAACGAACGAACGAACAAACAACGACAGAUGGACUCGACAUAAAGUCCCUCGCCAUCAACCUGGCGACACUUCUGUUGUUCUUUCUCCCGUUCGCAAUGUACUUCUAUCCCGAGUUCAAGAACGAAGAAAUGAUUGCGGUUGCCGUAGGCAUGGUGGUGGCCUAUUUUGUCCCGCCCAUCGGAUCGCUGCGCCCCCACCCGUAUUCGGACAUACCGUCGAACAAGCCCUUUGCGCCGCGAAUGACGUUUACGGAGCACGCCAUCAAGCAAUCGUAGGUGCAUCUCAUGUACGAAAUGAUGUUUGCGCAACGGAUUGGUUUGGUGGUCRCACGCAACAACAAAAGCCAAUGAAAGCG